UGUAAUGCCCUUCGCAGCGCCAUCCCUGUCCUAUAGCCUUUGCUGAUUGGAAGAUGAGAAUGGGGACGACAAUGCAGGCCUACGGAGAGCCAUCUUACUGGGACGAGCGAUACUCCCACGAGUCAGGGCCGUUCGAUUGGUACCAGAAGUACAACGCCUUGGCUCCACUCCUCCAUCUAUACAUUCCUCUUCAUCACCAAGUCCUCGUCGUCGGAUGUGGCAACUCUGCGUUCAGUGAAGGCAUGGUCAAUGAUGGUUACAGAGAGGUUGUGAACAUUGAUAUAUCCUCUGUGGUGAUCCAAGCUAUGCAGCGGAAGUACAGCGAUCGUCCACAGCUGAAAUACAUUAGAAUGGAUGUCCUUGAUAUGAGUGGUUUUCAAACAGGGUCCUUCGAUGCUGUGGUUGACAAAGGAACUCUAGACUCCCUUUUGUGUGGAAACAACUCACGGCAACUUGCUGUAAAAAUGCUCAAGGAAGUUGAGAGGGUCCUCAAGAAUAAAGGAGUAUAUAUGCUGAUCACAUAUGGAGCUCCAAUUUAUCGGUUGCGUUUGUUGAGAGAUUCAUGCUCAUGGACAAUAAAGCUUCAUGUGAUAGAGAAGUUUAUGUUGGAAGCAAAAACUGAACAUCAGACAUGGGAGCUGACUAAUCCCGUUCCACUGGAUGAUGAAGGAAGCUCGGUGGAAGCAGUUCUUGGAAAGAAUCCGGAUGUCCAUUAUAUCUACAUCUGCAUUAAGGAUGAUUCUUUAAGGCCAGGCGUGAAGCAUGAAUGACGGUUAAGUAAGGAAGAUGAAUAUCUCCAACCCUUUGUACGGUUGUCCUCUGUAUGCUACUUUAAAAAUUUGAAAUCACCAAAUUAUGUUGGAAGUUGGAUCUAAUAAAUACCACCUUUUUGUGCAGUGUCUGUGAUCACAUGGUUUAGGUAUGGUAUCAUGUAGUUCUCCAGCUGAGUGGUUUUACUUAUUUGUAUCCAUUGAAUCAGUUACAGCAUAAUGGUCAAGUGUCGGGUUUUGUUC